AUGGCGCGCAUGUGGAUCGCUCUGGCCAUUAAGGAGUUGAUAUCAGCUGUCUGUGACACGGGCAUGCAUCGCUCUGGCCUAUAUGGAGUUGACCCCUUUAGAGCAACUAUUCUUGAAGCUUAUGUUUCUUCUGUUGCCGCUGUCUCUGGCACAAAGAGAGCUGUUGAUUUUGUUGCCCAAGAAGUUGCUACUACUGCUGGCAUUAGCAGUCAGGUUGUGGGAUGGCUGCCUAUAAGGGCUUAUAAGAUGAACAGCUUGGCUAACCAGGCAAAGACUCUGACCUCUAAAGAAGAUGAGACAUGCGAGGAUGAUAAAUUGAAGGAUACUUCAAAGAAAAAAGUGUACAAUGGCAGCAAUAAGAACAAUACCGCUGCUAUGGAAAAAGGACAUUUUGGAUUUAAGGUUAACAUGGAUGGAUUGUCAAUAGGGAGGAAAGUGGAUCUAAAUGCUCACGCUUGCUAUGAGACUGUAGCCCAAGCACUGGAGGACAUGUUUGUUAAUCCAACCAUGGGCAUCACUUCCAUUCGUUCGAGUGGAGAGAGUGAGCAAGCAAGAAAGGCCUCCAAGAUUUUAAAUGGAUCAUUCGAAUUUAUGCUCACUUAUGAAGAUAAGGAGGGGGACUGGAUGCUCGUAGGAGAUGUUCCUUGGGAGAUGUUCCUCAACAUAGUGAAGAGGCUUAGAAUCAUGAAGACAUCGGAAGCUAAUGGACUUGCUCCAAGAUUCCAAGAAACUGAUGGUCGGCAAAGAAGAGAAGCUUUAAAGGAUGGUGGAACUGGCAUUAAGGUCGUCCCCACGUACAUCGACCCCGGAUGUCAAAAAGCAAUAUGGAAUGCCCUGUCGAAAGCCGAACUGAUGCAUCACUCCGUCUCGGAGAUGCCACUUGAUACUAUGAAAACAUAUGAGUAG